AGUUUUACUGCGUUGUCAUGUUUCACAGCUCAGUCUGAAGGACUUCAGAAGCCGGAGACCGCCUGCCAACAUCAUUUAAUGGAAGCAUAAGUACAGAGAGAGAAAAAGAGAGAGAAAGAAAGUGAGGAGAGUCUUUUUUCCUUUUGCAAACUUUGUUUUUUUCCGCUCCGUCCUUAUAAGGCUGUCCUGAACACUUUUCGGUAUCUAAUGUUAUUUCAUGGGUGAGCAUCCUCCUCUAUAGCUUUAAAAGUAAGCUUUUUCAUCAAGAUGCAGCUCCGAACGGUUCUUGACGUGAAUGUUGUGGAUGUGCAGAAGAGGAGGAAUCCAUCCAAACACUAUGUGUAUCUCAUCAAUGUGACAUAUUCAGAUUCCACUUCCCAUGUCAUCUACAGAAGAUACAGCAAAUUCUUUGACCUACAGAUGCGAAUCCUUGACAAAUUUCCAAUCGAAGGAGGACAGAAGGAUCCCAAAAAGAGGAUUAUUCCAUUUCUGCCAGGUAAAGUUUUGUUUCGGCGAAGUCACAUAAGAGACGUAGCUGUCAGACGACUGAAGCAUCUGGAUAACUACUGCAAGGCUUUGAUGAAGCUUCCCUCCCACAUUUCCCAAAGUGAGGAGGUUCUUAAGUUCUUUGAGACCAAGGCAGAGGAUCUCAACCCUCCUGCAGAUUUGACAAAAUCUGCAAAGAUUUCUGCAAAAAUCCAAAGAGACUCUGGAGGCUCUGGCAAACGUAAAUCAGGUCUGGAUGCUUCAGAUCCCAUGCUCCUGGAACAAUAUGUGGUGGUGGCCAGUUACGAGAAACAAGAGCCUGCUGAAAUCAGUCUUCAAGCGGGUGAGGUGGUUGACGUCAUUGAAAAGAGCGAGAGUGGUUGGUGGUUUGUCAGCACCGCAGAAGAGCAGGGUUGGGUCCCGGCAACGUAUCUAAACUCCCACAGUGGCACGCGGGAUGAUUUGGAGCUGGGUGCCUCUAAAUCCGGGGAAGUUACUAAGCGACAUAAGGCCCAUCUGAAGAGGCUGGACCGGAGAUGGACUUUGGGUGGUGUCAUCAGCAGGCAGCAGAGCCGAGAAGAGAAGUACAUAACAGUGCAGUCCUAUACCGGCGAGGGCAAGGAUGAAAUUGCUUUUGAGAAAGGAGUCAUUGUAGAGGUGAUUCAGAAGAACCUAGAGGGCUGGUGGUUUAUCAGGUACCAAGAUAAAGAAGGAUGGGCUCCAGCCUCUUAUCUAAAGAAAGUAAAAGAUGAUUUCACUCCACGGAAGAAGACCGUGACAGGCCCGGUGGAGAUCAUCGGCAACAUCAUGGAGAUCAGUAAUCUUCUCAACAAGAAAGCCCUGAGUGAGAAGGAUGUACAAAGUGAAGGGGUCCCUGAGAGCCCCCAGGUGGCCAGGAAGGAGAUCAGUAUGCCGAUCCCGUGUCCCGAAAGCAGCCCGGGUAACAGCCAGCAGGAUGGGAAAAGCAAAGCAGAACCUGCCUCACCAGCCAUAGCCCGCAUUGCUCCUCAUCGAGUGGAAAUUGGUUCUCCAGUUCUCAGGCAAAAACCUCCCCCAAGACGAGAUGCCACACUGGGGUUUCAGUUGCCCUCCCCACCAGAGCCCCCUACAGUUGAAGCAGAGUAUUACACUAUUGCAGAAUUUCAGUCCUGUAUAUCAGAUGGCAUCAGUUUCAAUGGAGGACAGAAAGCGGAGGUCAUUGAAAAGAAUUCUGGAGGCUGGUGGUAUGUCCAGAUAGGAGAGAAGGAAGGUUGGGCUCCCUGUUCCUAUAUUGACAAACGUAAAAAGCCCAACCUGAAUCGCAGAACAAGCACUCUAUGUCGCCCAAAGGUUCCACCCCCAGCCCCACCAGUCAAAAAACAAGACUCCGUGGAGACUGCACCUCCCAGCAGUCCUGGGUCCGAAGCCCCAGAGUCCCCUGUGUCUCCUGGAAGGCCUGUGUAUGAAGAACCAGAGUAUGAUGUACCUGCCAUUGGUGAUCUGGAUUUGGAAUCUGAGUUUGAGUUCCUAAGGGGAGAAGGUUCCUUAGUGGAUGCAAAGAAUGAGGACACAUGUUCUGAGAGGGGAUCCCAUCUGUCCUCUAAGCCCUCCCCGGCUUCAUCUCUGCACAGCGCCUCCUUCAAGAUGGGUGAGUCAUUUGAAGAUGGCCACGAGGCAGAGGGGGAGCCAGAGGAGGAGUGUAUCUAUGAGAAUGAUGGCUUCCGGCCCUUUAGGGAGACCCCAGAGAGGCAGUGCAGCAGGGACUCAAAUUCUUCCAAGACAAGUGUUUUGUCAGAAACUGGCAAGACUGCUAACUUAAGCCCUUUAUCUGGGGGAUGGAGACCUGCAGGGAGCAAACUCAAGAUUGACUUGAAUGGAAGCUCAUUUUCAACUAAAGUAGAGGAAGUAUCCAGCCCAAAAUCUGCCUCCAUGGAGUCUACCCCAGAGCAGUCCAGACUUAAGAAGGACCAGGAGGAGAACAAGGCAUCUUCAUCCACCAAGUCCUCUUCAAAACUAAAACCUGUAGUGAGGCCUAAACCGCAGCUUGCCAAGACCCCCAGUGCAGAAAAGAUGGACAUCAGUACGUUGAGAAGACAGCUGCGGCCAACAGGGCAGCUGAAGAAUGGCACCAAAACCUCCAAAGGCGAAGACUCUGAGACGGCAUCGGUCAUCUCCUCUGAGGACUCAUUCUCUUCUCAAAGCACAUCUGACCUCUCCUCCAUCUAUUCCAAAGGCAGCCGGGGAGACUCGGACCUGGAAGGCUGCACCCUUUAUCGCACUACAGACCCCUAUGAGAAAGUCCAAGAGACUGAGCUCAGCUUCCCCGCCGGAGUAGAGGUGGAGGUACUGGAGAGGCAGGAGAGUGGGUGGUGGUAUAUUCGCUGGGGUGAUACAGAGGGUUGGGCCCCAACCUACUACCUGGAGCCCAUCAGGCAUCAAGAUGACGUGGCAGGAUCAGAAUCAGAUGGUACCCCAACCAAACCUGGAAGCCUCAGCAAAUCCAACAGCCUGGAGAAAAAUGAGCAAAGGGUGCAGGCAUUGAACAACAUCAAUCAAAACCUGAAAAAGGUCACCCCACCCAUCCCUUCCAAACCCCCUGGUGGCCUAUCUAAACCUUUGGGCUUGUUUGGUGGAUCACGAAAGCAGAAUAGCACCAAACAGCAGCAGGUUGUUCGACCUCAGUCUGUCUUCAUAUCAGCCCCCAUCGUGGAUGGUCCCAGCCCUGUUGGCUCUCUGAGAAGAAAUGAGUCCCUAAAUUCAACAGACCACCCUCGCGCCAGCCCCACAGUGCGACGCAACGCCUCAUUUGGCACCGUGCCCCGUAGCCUGGCCCCAAAUAACAUAACACUUCCCAGCAGGUACAGAUCCGGCACCGGUAGCUCUGAGUCUCUCGGCCACAGCUCCCAGAAGAACACACUCCCUGUCUCCACAGUGAAGCCCAAGCCACAUAUCAUCCACAACAAUCUCAGAGAGAUGUACGUCUCAAUUGCAGAUUACCAUGGUGAUGAGGAGACCAUGGGCUUCCCUGAGGGGACAAACCUGGAGGUUCUUGAAAAGAACCCCAACGGGUGGUGGUACUGCAAGGUUCUGGACAAUGGCACACCAAAGAAAGGAUGGGUUCCCUCAAAUUACCUCGAGAAAAAGCACUAGCACGCAUGUAUGGAGCUGGGAGAACUCUCAACAUGUGUGUAAAGACUACUUUAACAGAUACAUUUAUUUUGUGAAAGCCAUUAAAUGUGUUAAAUGAGGAUUAUGUUUUUCCCGGUACCUUUGCCAAAACGAUCAGCCAGAUCAAAUUAUGACUUUGAAAUGAAAUGAGACAUCUGGUAAAAUGAGUCGACAUGAGUAGUGCAGUGCCUCUGAUGUUGCAUUUGGAGCAUUUUGAGACAGCCAAAGAGAACACCAGAAAGUGGAGGAAUGAUGCUUUUCUUCAGGCUAACUUUAACUUGAAAUAAGAUUUGUCUGAAAGUGAGUCAUUUUGUGUCCACUCCUUGAACUGUUUGGUUUUUUUUUUUAAGUUUAUGUCAUUUUCUAAAAGCAUUUUUAAAAAAAAAAAGCAUUUAAAGCUUACUGCAUGUUUGAAAGGAUUCAUUAUACUGACAAUGCCUUGGGCUGUUAAAAUGAAGCAAUUUUCUACUCCUUCUCUUAAAAACACCUGAAAUGUUGCCAAAGCUGCUUUGUGUUAGUCUCAUCUUGAUGUUGUCUCUUUGCAUGUUUUUAUAUUCCUCAUAUGUCGCCUUUACGUGAAAUAUUUUACCCAUUUAAUUGUCUGAUAUUGUCUUAGCUAAUGAAACAAUUUGUGAGCAUCUCUGAUCGCGACAGUAUUUUCUUUCUUUAAAAUGUAAAAUAUAAUUUCUGAUAAUUUCCCAAACAUAUAUAACCUUUAAAUUUUCCUAAUUUCAGCAAGAAUUAUAUUUAUUCACUACUUUAAAAUUACUUACUUUCUUUAUUACAAAAAAAAAAACCUCAUAAAAACAGAAACAGACAUUUUCACAAUUGCCAAAGCCUUUCUAGAAACUGCUCUAUUAAUUAUUAUGACAAUUAAAAAUUUCUGCUGGGCAGUAAAUUUGACACAUACAGUAAUUCUUCAGCUGCAGCAGUACUGCGAUGCUUUUGUUUCUUAACUGUGUGACCAAUGAUGUUAACUGAAGUGCCUAAAGAACAAAUUAAAUAAAUGCACUUUUGAACCAUUA